GAUCAGCGUACAGCCAAGAACACAAUCUCCGGAGCUUGAUCAGUCCUCUCGGAGAAACCGGGCGCACUGCGUGGAAAUCCUCCAAGUUUUUUGGUAGACAUGCCUCGACAUAUUGUCCUGCUCUCUGUGCUGCUGCUGUUCGUCUUUGACUCGAUUCAUUCACAGACCAGUGUGUGCCCAGCAGUAAAUGGCAAGAAUGGCAUUCCGGGUCGCGCAGGAAGACCUGGACAGAAAGGAGACAGAGGGGAUCCCGGUGCGAUGAUCAGAGGAUACGACUUCACUGCAACAAAGGGUGAUCCUGGAGACCCAGGUGUGACUGGUGAACCUGGCCGUGAAGGUAGUGUUGGUCCAAGAGGGUCUCCAGGAGCUCCAGGAAAUCAAGGUCCUAAGGGGCCCAAAGGAGCAGUAGCCAACAUGGCAAUUCAAAAACGCCCAGCAUUCUCAGCAGAAGACCCCAAAGUGGAUAAAAAUGGCAAGACAGUGGUCUUUAGUAAGAUCAUAACCAACCAAGAAAAUAUGUACAACAAAGACACAGGCAAAUUCACAUGUACUGAACCAGGGUACUAUUAUUUUACAUUCCAGGUGGUGGGCAAUGGGGAUCUCUGUCUGUAUAUUAACACCAACAUCCCUGAUAAAGACAACCCCCUCCUUAGUUUUUGUGACGUCAAUUCAAAGAAAUUUCACCAGGUGAAUUCUGGGGGGACGGUUCUUUUUCUAAAUAAAGGUAAUCAGGUGUGGAUUGAAACAAAUGAAAAAAGUAAAAAUAUUGCAACAGGCGAGGACAUCAGCAGCGUAUUCAGUGGAUUUCUCAUCUUUCCUCUUAAAGAUGGAGCCUCGUAGAGAAAGGAAACAUUCAGUCUCACAUUAUAGCAAGGUGGACACAGGCCGUAAAGAGAUUAUCUGAUUUAUCUCACUGAAAGUUCAGCAAAUUAUUGAGUUUGGUUAUAUUGCUCUUAUUUCUAAAAAAAUAAAUACAUUUUAAAAUCAUAUUAAUCCUUUAGUGUUUUGGAAGGGGGGCUAACAAACCAAACCAGUCAUGCUAAGGUUAAAUUGACUUUCUCCUCUGCAGUACCAAAAAAAUAAAAAUUUAACCUUGGCGUAAAGAUACUUACUUUAUACUUAUUUUUUAUAUCAGAUAUUUUGCUUGGCAUUAUAUAGAUAAGCAUUCUUAUGGUGUACUUUAACGCUAUUUGGGGGGGGAAAGAUUUGCAUUUGUUGAUUUUGUUGCAUAAUUUUUGUCAAUAAAAAGCAAAUUUGCCUCUUGUUUAACAAAUCUGAAUAUAUUUUGCAAUAAAUUGAAAUCUAAGCCUUCA